AUGGACGUUGAGGCGGAGCGUGCUUUUUGCUCCAACUUUCACUGCUGUGGUGUCGUACAUCCUGACCUCCAUGCCCUCUACGCCCACUCUAGAAUGACGCCAACGAGCUACAUUGGCCCACAAUUUUUCUGCUCAGGACCAUUCUCCUUCGUAGACUCCACGCAGGAAGACCAUAUUCCUCCGCCGUCACCAAUAGAAUCUGAAGCUUCAUCAUUCACCGAUUCGACCACGACCACCUCUGACAUCGAUGGGGAUCACGUUUUUCCAGCACUACCAGAAGCAAUUCAGCCCAUCGAAACUUCGCUUCCUACCGUCGACGCUAUCACUGCGCCAUCGACCAGCAGCUAUCCAUUGUCACGACAGUUUCAUCAUCCAAUCUCUUUUCCUUACCCAUCCUACCUUCGACGUGCAAACAGUUUUCCGAACACCUUUCCAUUGACAUCGCACCCGCCUUCAGCAACAUAUGAUGGCUCAAAAGUUCAGGUCAAACGGUAUGAGGCGUCAAAUGCUCGAGCUGCUGUCACUUCCGCCUACCUUUCGACAAUUGGGAGGCGGCUGUCGCACCAGAGUAGACCCGUGACUCCAUUGCCAUCCCCCAUUAUCGUAACGAAGUCGGUAAAGGACGAUAAUCAACAGCAUAUAGUGGCUCAUCGACCCUGCACCCCCCCCGCAAACGAAAACACCGACCCACUUUCCGGAGAUGACAUGGAUGUCGCACCAUCUCCCCUCUCGGCUGACUCUAUAGACAUAGUUCUGAUCGACUCACCUGUCCAUCCAUCUUCCACCAACCAGUCGCCCUUGUCCGUCGCAGAACAACUGUCACUCUCCCAGCCAGUUCAAAAGGUGCCCAUUUUUCUUAAUGGCAAAGAAAAAACGUUCGUCUGCCCAAUCCCCCUUUGCAACAAAGCCUAUCUCAACCCCAAUGGUCUCCGGUAUCAUCUCUCAAAGGGUAAAUGCAGUGGGGAGGACAACGAAUGUCUUCCGAUGGACGAUCAACUGAUGUUGAUGCGUGCUGAGGCAGCAGCAAAAGUUGCGACGGUUGGCCCUGGGUCAAGAUUUGGGUCGUCUGGAAAGAGAGUGCAGCGUCGAACCGCUUGCGCGAAUCGGAAAGCGUCUUUGCGGAAUCAACGACCUUUUUCUCUGGGUACCGGACCGGCUGAUGUCUCCGAUUUUGACCUCGACUCCCUUCCAGCCCUCACACCAUCUACCGCUAGCGACACUUGUCGCUCGGUUUCGGUCUCCCCAUCGAGCUCUGCUUUGUCGGACUUGUAG